AUGGAGGCAUUUUGUGCUUAUGCUUCUUCUUCUUCUUCGUCUUCCUCGACCUUUUUGCCUAAAAAAAAAGGGCAAUCGGAGCACGUGAGGAGAGAAGUUUCAAGCUAUUCCAACGAUCUUCUCUGUGUUCGAAAGCCAAUAUCAAAACCCUGGAAGAAGCCGGCGAUUGCGCCACUGCCACCGACUCGCCCCAGGGUCUACAAAGUGGACUCACUUAAAUUCAAAGAUUUGGUUCAGAAACUCACCGGCUUGCCUGAGCUCCCAUCUCCACGCCUCCAAAAAAUGGCUCCGCCGCCUCUUCAUAUUGCCCCCCGCCAAGGUUCCGGCACCGCCGUGGAAGCCACCCCAUUUCUCCAUCCGUCGCCGGUGAAGCUGGAUGAGGCGUUGGACGGUGGCAGCUUUCUUGAGCUGAAUUUGUCGCCCUUCAACAAAAAUUGGUUCUCGUUCCCUGCUUUGAGCCCCGGAAGCCUUGCCAUUUUCGAUGCAAUUUAGAUCUACGGAUUAUAAUUCUUAAAUUCUGUUUCAAAUAAUAAAGAAA